CUCCCACCGAGGACAAGGGACAUGGAUAGCAGAUGUGGCACGAAGACAAAUGAAGGUGACUGUAUUGAUGAAAAAGAACCAUGAUAUUGAGCGCUGGAGGAGACGAUGCUGAAAUUGCCCAACGUUAUUUUCAUGGGGAGCAAGUGCGGUGGUGAAGAGUUACCAAUGCGGCCACCUUCUCCCUCUCAGGGCAAUUCAACGGAUGGAAACCUGGUAAAGUUGAGGCUAGAUUGCAGCAAAGUUGAUUUUAGUGGAGCUGAGCUGAAAAAGAUAAUGGGAAAUGAGAAACUUGCUGAGAUCGCAUUAGUAGACCCCAAGCGUGCCAAAAGUAGAAUUCUGGCUAAUCGUCAGUCAGCUGCUCGUUCCAAGGAGAGGAAGGUGCGAUACAUGGCAGAAUUGGAACACAAGGUGCACACUCUACAAACAGAGACAACUACGUUAUCUCACCUGCUUACUCUCCUACAGAGAGAUUCUGCCGAGCUCACUAGUCGGAACAAUGAAUUGAAACUCCGAAUUCAGGCCAUGGAACAAGAGGCACAGUUCAGGGAUGCUUUGAAGGAGGCAUUAACCCUGGAAGUCCAUCGUCUACAGCUUCUCGGAACUGCAGAGCCUAGUGGUGGGAAGGUGUUCUUCUCUUCCCUUUGUUUUGUCAGAGACUCUGGACCCAAUUAAGAGAAAGCCGACUCUUCACAUACUCUCUUCUCGUUAGAAGGAAAUUGAAGCAUGGAGAAUGGAGCAAGGUGUAUCCUAAUGCUAUUGGAAACAAGCCAGGGAAAAGAUGUUUCUGUUUUGGAUACUUGAGAAUAAUGAUGGAAGAGGAAAAAGAUUUAUUAGGAAUGAUUUUGAGUUUGUUUUUUUUUUUCAAAAUAUAUUAACAAAAUUUUGAUAAAAA